AUGUCUCAGUCAGCUACGCAAACCGUUACUUCAGAAGACUCGCUCCGCCUUUCUACGGGGGUUUCGUUCCCUCAACGUCUCGAAGGGAAGCUGAGUUACCACCCCAAGCUCAGCAGAGAGCAAUGUGGCCACCUGCGGCACUUCUACAACAUGGCCUCCCAGCUGGAUGGGGAUUGGUCACUGAUGGGCCACCAAGACCCCUCCCAGGAGUGGGAGACGUCCUAUAGGUACCAGAUUGCCCACAUGGCAUAUGCAUCAGGUGCUGCCCACUACCAUCGCCUGCCGGCUAUGCGCGCCAUGUUCAAGACACUGCUCUUCAAGUUGAUCAAGAAGAUGCUGCGUCGCGAAGUCUGGGGCUACUGGUAUCUGGUGAGCCAGGGCGGCCUUCUGGGCGAUCCCACCCUGAAGGAGCUGAGGAAGCCAUGGGCGGAUCCGGUGGUUAAAGAGAAUAUCAUGUAUUCCGGCCACCUCCUGCUGAUGGUAUCGUUAUACUCGAUGCUGUUCGGCGACAAUAGCUUUGACGAACCCGGCGCUAUUGUUUUUGACUGGGACCCUUGGUCAUGGGGCUUCGGGCCAGAGAAGUUCAGUUACUCGCGCUCCUCGCUCCAAGACGCCAUUUUGAAGGAGAUGGAGCGCGGCAAGUGGCUCGGCGUCUGUUGCGAGCCUAACAUGAUCUUCAUUGUCUGCAACCAAUUCCCGAUGAUUGCGAUGCGGUAUAACGAUGCUGUCAAAGGCACUCACGUGGCUGAUGAGGUCGUGCCCAAAUACAAGGCAGCUUGGGAGGAACGAGGCAUGGUCUCGAAAAGUUCUGGCCUUUUCAAAUUGUUGUGGAUGGUGAAACAGGAACAAAGUGUAGAUGUGGAGCAAAUUCCUCACUCAGCCUGGGCCAUGGGCUUCAUGCCUUGGAAUUACGAUACUGUCAAAUCCAUGUACCAAGCGGCCUCCUGUGGCUUCUUGCAACGUUUGCCUGACAGCAUCAACCUCAACCCGGCUCACGUGGCUGCAGCAGUCAGACGGCUUGUUGAGAAUGAAGGAGCCGAUCCGGACUCGGAGUCCACCCUGAAGCGCGCAAGAGAAACUGCACUGCCGCCCUCGUCAGCAUUCCAGAUACGUUUCUUGAACCCAAUGUUUGGGUUUGUUGGCAUCUGGAUUUCUGAAGUUGGUGGUUCCCCCGACCUCGAUAAGUAUUUGAAACAUGCCGAUACGUACCUGAACCCAACUUGGAAAGACGGUGGACUGUACUACAAGCGCAACGAUCAAGGCUGGGAUUCAGACGGAAACUUUGUGUUUGUGGACCCAGUAUCUGGCAAUGGUGCGAUAGGGUACGCCCGACUCAACGUCAAAGGCGGCCAAAAGAAAAUGUGGGACCAUCCCUGGACUCCCGAAGAAGUUCAUAGUCGUCCAUGGAUUGACAACGUUGGCCUGGAGGACGACGUGGACUGUCUGAGAGGGGCAUGGUCCGAGGAAGAUCAAGCCCUGGUUGCCACCUUCAGGACUUGGAAUGGGAAGAAGGUUACAAUUCAUCCUGUGCUGAAGACGUUGCCGGCUGGAACUUACGGUAUCUAUGUUGAUGGAGAGUUGAAGCAGACCAAGGACUUGAGGAAGGGCGAAAACAUAGAGAUUGCACUUGACGUGGACGAAAUGGAGGUCGAUCUGGUCGUCUUGAAAGGCUGA